GCCAAAGAUGACACUCCUAGUUGCAGGUACAUGUUCCAUUCAUAUGUAGCUUCACAGGAGCAGAGACAGUGUCCAGGUUCAUUGUUCACCAUCUGUUGGUUAAGUCUAAGUCUAUCCAAUGGCGUCCAUGCAAUUAACCGAGUGGAACACUGGCGUCUGUGACUGCUUUGAGAGCACGAGUACUUGUUGCUAUGGUUUCUGGUGCUGCCCUUGCCUUGCCUGCUCUGUGGCGGGAAAUUUUGGAGAGAACCGUUGCCUCCCACUGUGCGACAUCUGCAGCCCUGCCAUACUGACGUCCUUUGGGAUCCCUCUGUUUGCUCCUCCUGCUGCCAUCGCUCUACGCUCUGGCAUUCGGAACAGAUAUCACAUCAAGGGUUCAAUGUGCAAGGACAUCGCAACUUCCUGUUUCUGUGUGUGGUGCACCUGGUGUCAGAUGCACCGCGAGUUAAAAUACCGCAAGAAAAACACCGUGGUUGUUGUGAACAUGCAGCCUCCCCCGGUGAUGAUGGCUCCUGGAAACCAACCACAGUUCAUCAUUCAACACUAAGAUUUGUGGUCGGACUGGUUUGUCUUACCGAGGAGUUCACACUCAUGGCGCUUAGUUUGUUUAGUUAGACAGUGGAACAUAUGAUUAUAAUCGUGCUAAAUGUAAUCACAAUCUUUUGAAUUAUUUGCAGUGGCAUAGGUGUGUGUGUGUGCUGUUUCUGUUUUCUUAAUUAUACUCGUGACUCAUGUUAUGGAACACCCCUCUAAUUAACUUCUGUCUCUCCGGAUCUACGUCAAUGUUCUGAUCAGAAUCGCAUUCGAAAUCAGAAUCAGCAUGAAUGAACUCAUCUGUGACAGAUUCAUGCAUUUAUCUCAUAUUAUGUUAUUUGACCCCAGAUGUGAAAGAAAUGACACAUUUGUUUCUCUAUUUUUUCACUCCUGCAUGGCUAAAAAAUAAUUGUGACAAUGAAAAUUAAAUUAUUAUAAAACA